GUUGAAAAUUUCUUUUUCUACAAAUUUGUUGUAGACACGUGCGUGGUUUACGCCGAAAUAUCUAAAAUAAGUAAAAAUGAGUGAAGGCACUGCAACGAUUCGUACGCGGAAAUUCAUGACCAACAGAUUGUUGGCGCGCAAGCAAAUGGUUUGUGAUGUACUCCAUCCUGGGAAACCAACCGUCAGCAAGACUGAGAUCAGGGAGAAGCUAGCAAAGAUGUACAAAGUUACCCCUGAUGUAGUCUUCGUAUUCGGUUUCAAGACGAACUUUGGUGGUGGAAAGUCGACUGGCUUUGCGCUUAUCUACGACACUUUGGACUUGGCCAAGAAGUUCGAGCCCAAACACAGGCUAGCACGUCACGGCUUAUACGAGAAGAAGCGACCAACACGCAAACAGCGCAAGGAACGUAAGAACAGAAUGAAGAAGGUACGUGGUACCAAAAAAUCCAAAGUGGGAGCGGCCGCCAAGAAGUAAUAUGACGGUUUAGGGCUGUAAGUAAAUAAAAACCCAAAAAAACUGA